GAAAUAUUCACUUCUAGACAGUCACACCGAUACAAAUUCUGCAAGUUAGAAAGGAGGGGGAGCAUAAGGAAUUACCAUGGUGGUCAUCUCAGAGUUCCAAAAAAUUGGGAUUGGUCUCGUGGGGUUUGGUUUAUUUUUCCUGCUCUUUGGUGUGCUGCUGUACUUUGACUCCAUCUUGCUGGCAUUUGGAAAUAUCCUGUUUCUGACUGGCUUGACAUUCAUCAUUGGCUUUAGAAGAAUGGCCUGCUUCUUCUGCCAAAGACACAAGUUUCGAGGUUCUUUUUUCUUCCUAGGAGGUGUGUCUCUGGUGCUGUGCCAUUGGCCAGUCAUUGGAAUGCUGGUGGAGAGUUACGGCUUUGUGCUAUUAUUCAGGUCCUUCUUCCCAAUGGCCUUGGGACUUGUGCUGUCAGCUGUAAAUAUCCCUUACCUCAGAGCAUUCUUUUCCAGCAGCUUCUCCAUGGUUUGAGCAGAAUUAAGCAACAAUGGAGUGUGUGUGGGCCAACAGACUCCCCGUGACCCCCCAGGACCUGCCUGUGAUCUGUCUCCGCAGCUUUGUGCUUUUCUGGUGACCAGAUAGUGUGAUUGAGUGAUGUCCCCUCAUAAAUUUUCAUUCUGUGACUAGAGCCACGACUUAGGUCACAUUGUCCUUUGUUCUCAACCUCCCUUUGAUUAAAUCAUGCAGUUCAGCUGUCAUAUUGAAUUUGGUGACACAACAUCACCAAGGUGACCUUGUGCGCCAUCUUUAAUCCCACCUCCUCUCUCUCCCCCUUCACACACACACACACACACACA